UGGUUCCAGGCCAUCCUGGGCAAAAAGUUCAAGUGACCUCAUGGCAAUGGAAAAAGCUGACAUCUGUCUAUUUUCCCAGGUACUGCAGGAAGCAUAAAUAGUAGGAAGCCAGGUCUGGGCAAAAAGUGAGACCCUAUAUCAAAAACAGCCAAAGCAAAAAGGGCUCCAGGUGUAGCUCAAGCAGUAGAGCACUUGUCUAGCAACAACAACAAGAACAACAAAACAAAAAGCCGAUUCCAACUUCUUACUAUAACUGCAGGUGAAGGCUUCCUGGCUUCUGAUCUCCCAAGGGCCCUGUAUUAGGACCUCGACAUUUGGGAAGACAGGGCCUGGCAUUGGCCUCAGCCACACCCCUCCUCAGUCAAUGGGUUGAUUUGCAUGCCCUGUUGUGGUGCAGCAGCCUCCCCAAGGCUAUGCCCCUAAGCACCUGGAGCAUAGCCUAGCAGACUCUCUCUGUCUCCCUGCUCUGACCAUGGUCUGCCUCCGGUACCUGAUCCUUCUUUUGAUGGGAGCCUUCUUGGCAGUCUCUCAGCCAGUCCUGGUCCAGCCGGAUGCAUUGCUGGUUUUCCCAGGCCAAGUGGCUCAACUCUUCUGUACACUCAGCCCCCAGCAUGCCAUCAUUGGUGAAUACGGUGUGUCUUGGUACCAGCAGCGGCCAGGCAGUGCUCCCCGCCUCCUCCUCUACUACCAUUCGGAGGAGGAUCACCAUCGGCCUGCUGAUAUUCCUGACCGAUUCUCAGCUGCCAAGGAUACAUUACACAAUGCCUGUAUUCUGACCAUCAGCCCCGUUCAGCCUGAGGACGACGCGGAUUACUACUGCUCUGUUGCCUAUGGCUUUGAUAUUUAGGGGUGGGGGAUAGGAUGAAUGUCUCCCCCUUGCCUCU